UGUCCACUUGUCAUCUGAUUGUGCAAAUCACCUUCCAUGUGAGUCGGGAUUUAAGUUUCGCUGUUUUUCAGAGUCUGACUAUGUGCAGAGGGAGUUGUAGUCAUUUUUUUUUUCCACGGGAACUUCCUUUCUCUAAACACCACCCCUUGGCAGUGGACUGGCUGACACCUCAGAGCAAGAUACAGAUAAAAAGGGCAGCCUGUCUUCCUCUUCCCCAGUCAGAAUCAAGUGGCAGAGACUACUCAGGAGCUUGGAAGCUGCUGGCAUCGCAGGUAUCUCGGGUAGAAACUUUGACAAGAACCAUGAGCAGCAUCGCUGGGACCAGUCUGAAGGCCACUGGGAUUGACUUUCUCAAGAGCCAGAACACCCGCGAGCACCACACAGAUGGGUACAACAUCAAGAACCUGGCGGUGCGGCGCGGGCAGCCCUUCCAUGUGCAGGUCAGCCUCAACAGGGAGCUGAGGGCUGCCGACAAGCUGUCACUGCGCUUUGGCAUCGGUGAAAAUCCAACAAAAAUCAGGGGAAGCCUGAUGUCACUGAAACCAGAGAAGGAGCAGGAUUUCAAUGGGUGGAAAAUCUCCGUUGUCAAGAAGAACGGCAAAGAGUGCCUGCUGUCUGUCACCAGCUCACCCAAUGCCCCCGUGGGAAAAUACACCUUGAAUGUGAAGACUGGGACUAACAUUUACAAGCCUGAAAAUGGUGUCAUCUACCUUUUGUUCAAUCCCUGGUGUAAAGAUGAUGCCGUCUUCAUGGCCGAUGAGGCGCAGAGAAAGGAGUAUGUGCUCAACGACACAGGCUACAUCUAUGUUGGGUCUACAUACAGCAUAUAUGAUAGGCCCUGGAAUUUUGGGCAGUUUGAGGAAUUCGUCUUGGACGCCUGCAUGUAUCUACUGGACAAAAGCAAACUCAGUCUGACCAAUAGAAGGGAUCCUGCAUAUGUGUCCAGAGCCAUGUCUGCUUUGGUUAAUGCCAAUGAUGACAGCGGUGUCCUGAUGGGGAACUGGUCAGGGAAUUACAGCGGUGGGACGUCCCCUAUGGAUUGGAUUGGGAGUGUCACAAUUUUGCAGAAGUAUUACAAAACAAAGAAGCCAGUCAGUUAUGGCCAAUGUUGGGUCUUCGCAGGAGUCCUCACUACAGUCAUGCGUUGCUUGGGAGUUCCAGCCCGCUGCGUUAGUACUUUCAACUCAGCACAUGAUACAGAGGAGAACCUGAGAGUUGACAUUUACUUGAAUGAAUCAGGAGAAAAGCUGAACUGGAUGUCUCUCGACUCUGUCUGGAACUUCCACGUGUGGAACGAUGUCUGGAUGAAGAGGACAGACCUGCCAGAUGGGUUUGAUGGCUGGCAGGCAAUUGAUGCAACUCCUCAGGAGCAAAGUCAAGGUGUUUUCCAGUGUGGUCCGUGCCCAGUGAAGGCUGUCCGAGAAGGAGAUGUGUAUUUGCCCUACGAUGGCAAGUUUGUGUAUGCAGAGGUGAAUGCUGACAAAGUCUACUGGAUCGUCAAGAAGGUGAACGGCAAGGAUAAGUACAUCAGGGUUAGCACGGACACCCAGGAUAUCGGCAAAAACAUCAGCACAAAAGCCGUGGGGCAGAACAAGCGGGAAGACAUCACCCUGCAGUACAAGUACCCUGAAGGCUCCAAAGAGGAAAGGAAGGCCAUGGAAAGAGCUUGCUCCUUCAUACGCCCUUCAGGACUGGUUCCUCGUUCAGGCUACGCUACAACUGUGCAGGAACACGGUAUGAGUACAAACAAGCCUAUGGUCCUGCAUGAGACAGUUACCAAGACUGGGCUCCACCUUGAGAUAACCAAUACGGAAGCUUUGCAUCCUGGCAAUCCCCUUGAACUGGCCAUCACAGUGAAGACGUCUACUCCUGGGAACUGGACCAUUGAUCUUGCUGGCUCUUGCCAGCUGCAGUACUAUACUGGAAAAGUUCAGGCCAACCUUGGAACUAUCAAGGAGACCAUCAAGCUUGAAGGCAAAUCUGAAACGCAGAUCCCUCUGAAAAUAGCACCUGACGCGUAUAUGAAGACAUUGGCCUCGGUGGAUGAUGAAGUGCUCAUCCUUGUCACUGCCAUUGCUGAGGUCAAGGAAACAAAUGACAAACUCACCAAGGAAACGUCAAUGAGAUUUGAGUACCCCCCCAUCACUGUCCAGAUGCCCGAAGUAGCCAAACUGAACAAUGACUUCAGCUGUGCCUUCAUCUUCAAGAACAAGCUAAACGUGGCUCUGGAAAACUGCAAGCUGCUGGUGGAGGGCUUGGGCAUAUUUAAGAUGACAACGUUUGAUCAGGGGGAUAUAAUGCCUGGCAGGAUCAUGAAGUCUGAAAUAAUAUGCACUCCAACAAGACUAGGAGAGAAGAAAAUAGUAGCCAAGCUGACCUCAAACCAGAUCAAAGGGAUCUCUACGGAGAAGGCUAUCACCAUCAUCGAGUAGGAUUGGUGCCUCGGUGGGUGCAAACAGUGGCCUUGCUUAAACACAUUGUGUCGCUGGGUGUCUCAGGCACUUCUUGCCUCCUUGAUUGCAAGAUAGUACUUUCAAAGUAAAGAGCAAAAAUACCAUUAAGCUAAGGAAUUAGCCUGACUUAAAGG